AUGAUCCGUACCACUCAUUUGAUGUUGUUGCAACGCGGUGGAAGUCGCCGAAUCCCACGUUCCAUUACUGACAUGCCCUCUGCCUCGCUACGUCAUGGUUGGGGCGAUAUCGGGCGGAUGACUCCGCAAGACCGCCGUGAGUUACUGCGCGGUGAGUGGACCAACGCCCGUCCAGUACGUUUAAUUCCCAAUCCUGUUGAUCGUGACGCCGGUGGCUUCGUGGAGGGCGUCUCGUUCGCUAAUGAUGAUGAAGCGGCUGCUUUUUUAGCUCAGGAAGACGCCGACGACGCGGUGGAGCGGACGGUCUCCACCAUGCAACUUGCCCGUCACUUUUUCGAGGAGCUGGCGUUAACGUCGGAUACGGAGGUUGAUGUGGAGAAUGUUAUGGAAGCGGACAUUGAGUCGGAUGAGGAACGAGCGGAGGAAGCCCGAGAUGCUCAUCGCCGUUUUUUCGCUGAAUAUUACGAGCGGCAGGGGUUGGUAACGGGGGCAGAGGGCCAACGUCUUGUUGACAUCAUGACGGGACCACCGGGUCUUUUGCUCAUUGUGAACUCCGCUUUUCCAUUUGUCCGUUUUGUGACCCUCUGGCAGUUGCUUCGGCACGCACAAAGUGCUCAGAGUUCGGGCCGCGGAGCCGUGUUCACACAACACCCCGCUCAUCCGCUGCUCUUUUCUGCAGAAUUAUUUCCCCGCCAAUCCACUUGCGACCCAAUGGCCCUUCUUAACACAUCGAAUUCUCCCUCCGCUCUACCACCUAAUGAACCUGCAGGUGUUUCGGUUAAUGAGUGCGUCGUUGCGCAGCGGCAAGAUGACAUGGUGGGAGCGGAAACCACCUCUCGUGAAGCGGCGAGUUUGGCGUCGUUCCUGGAGGAUGAGAUAUCAUGCGUCCCAGAGGUGAGUGGGGUACACCAAGUAAUGAAGAGCUCACCUUUGACGAUUGGUCACAUGUAUUGGUUGCAGCGACAGGUGGCUGCUGAUACACUUAUUGAUUCAGAUCUUUUGGGUGUGUUGAUCCCUUUGCUGUUGAGAGUCACUAGUGCCGUCGCUGAUACGCAGAUUAUUCUUGACAUGUCUAGCCGAUCGUACCGCAUGUCUGAGCGUUUUUACAGUAAAGACAUCGCUAGUUACAUGGCGUAUCCCAGUGAAGGAGGGGAAAGUAGUGUAGGAUAUGUCGUUAUUUCAUUAGUGUCUCCAAACCGUAAGGUUGGUUGUGUGGUUGGUUCGGGUACGAGCAAUGUGGCAAGCCGCAAGUGUCAUGUCAGUGCUCGGGCAGAUGAGGAAGACGUCCCCGCGGCCAACAGCAGCGCAGAGGGUUGUUUGAGGAGUGGCGCGGUUGAAUUGCAGUUUAGCACGGGUUAUCACGCUGGUGUUGAGGGUCACGUGUUGCUACGAGCCCCUCCGCGUCAAGUACAUGAGGGGUUACGUGGCAACUGCAAUUAUGUACUGUGCUGCCCAGAUACAACCGCCGACGGUUGCAAGCCCCGUUAUGCAUUAGGUGUUAGUGGUGCCAUGGAGGGGGAGGAGGAGGGGGAGGGAAAUGCUGUGGUGAACCGGUUUGUGUCUGUCUGUCCGAGAGUCAACAAACUUUUCCAUUACCUGCGGUCGGAGUUGAUGCAAGCCCUGCAGUACGCAAAUCCGCGAUGUGGGCGUGUUGUGUACGCGACUCACAGUUUGAAUCCCCUAGAAAACGAGGCGGUAGUGGCAUCUGUGCUUACUGAUCUUUCUCGCGAAAGCUCCGAUCGCGUUUACCACCUCAUUCCACUUCCAGAGGGCGACAAGGGACCCUUUCAACCACUAGAAGGUGUGCAGGACAAAGAAGCAUUUGAUACUGAUGCAUUAACUUCACUGUCUUCGAUUAUAUCUGGAGGGCGCAGUGGGCUACGGUCUUGGGUUCCACUGGAGGGCGGCCAGCCAGAGCAGGAUCCCUCGUACUGUGAUGAUCGUAUUGUUGCUGAUGUUGCUCGUUGCUCGUGGCGCAGUGAUCCGCUAAGUGCUGUGGAGGAUGUUUGUUACGUUUGCGUUAUUGAAGUGCGCACAAGUCCUAACCGUGUUUUGCCUGCAACUUUCGCGGACACUCCGGGAUCCGUUCCCACGGGUGAAAUUAAUUCCGAGGUUCAUUGUACGGAUACCUUUUUCCCGUGGUGCGAUUUGGGUCACUUGCGUGAGCAUUGGGGGCUGACUCUCUGCUGCAUAUCAGGGGAGAACAAUGAAAGCGUUAAUAGUGGGUGCGUAGCGUGUACGGUUGCGGUGAAACGUGUUGUGGAUAUGCUUGACAGUCGAAAUAAUCACGAAGCGGGUUGUGGAGUCGUAAAGUACGGUAUUCGGGUGGAUGAAUGCCCUGCAAUUCAUCGACGCCCUAAUGAGGGUGGGGAUAGUGUUAUGGUACGUGCUUCGCUCAGUGGUACGUUGUUGUCGCUUGCCUUGUGUGAUUCUAUGAGGGAAGAGCAUCGCAUCUCGCGGGUGCUGUGGAUCCCAGCCGUUGCCGUGAUUGAGCUGUUACACACCGGAAACCUUACUUCAAUGCGUCUUCGUGAGCUGCAAGAUGCUCGGCGGGGUGCCACAAACACGUUAGCCGAUGUUGGUAACUUGUUGGCAAAAGGCAGUUGCACUGUUUUUUUAAGGGUGGAGGUACCGAAGCCCUUUUCUUCGGUGGAAUCACAUGAAAUGGAGUUACACGAGGAUUUGCAGGCUGAGUUGCGUAAGUUAGUUCUGGUGGCGACUGCGAAUAUGAGCUACGAUGCUUCUACACGGAGUCCUUUUAUUGUCUUCAAGAUAGAGGGCAUGACACCGCAUGAGCACAGUGUCUUGAGGGAGCGUGUGGUGGCCAUAAGCGAUGCGUUGCAGUAUUUAUUGCGCCGGCUCGGUUACCCAGCGGAUAUAUGGGACCCAACGUACCGCGACAACAUUCCGGAAGCGACGAUGCAGGAUGACGAGUACGAGGUGGAACCUUCCUCUUCCUCCCAUUACCAAUAUAAUGGCGAGGGUGAUGAGGACGAUGGACUUACGACUGGGAAGGGUCAUAGUUUACUUGGAAGACAAGCUGAGCUGCAACACGAGCGCCGGAUGCAGCGGAUGGAAAAGGCGCUGCGUUCACUAGGGGCUGCUGUUGACGGUAGCGCUGUAAACGACUGGGAAAAGGAUGUCCAGCGUUGGCGGCGUGGAUACCGCCCAUUAUCAGUGGGACGUCACGGGAAACACAAGCCAUAG